AUGGUGGUCGCUACUCUUCAGUUUUUCUUGAGAUCAUCUUCUUACAUUCGUGUCAAACCAUCUGGAAGUCGAAUCACAAGCUCGUUUAGAGUUAUUAUGACAGUUUGUACAAAGAUUCAACUUUCGUGCCCACAAGAUCCUAGGGUGCUCUAUGAAAAGUUUCUAGUCAAAGCAGCCAUCCUAACCCGAUCACAAACUAUUGAGAAACAAGAGAACCAGAAAUGGAGGCUUUGCAAGAUCACUGAAGUGGAAGAAACUAAAAUAUUCUUCACAAUGAUUUCCAUGUUGAUGUCUUUUAUCAUCUGUGGAAUUGUUUCCUCAAUGGGGACCUCUUUUUUCCUAGAGCAAGCCAUGAGUAUAACUCAUAGAUUUAGGUUCUUAACAUUCUCAUUCCUUAUAUUCUUCUAUGCAUUCUCCAUGUAUAUAUCCGCAAGCAUUUAUGCUUUAAUUGCAAUCAUCGGAAGCAUUUUUGGAAUGGUGAAGCAAAAACACAUACCUGCAAUAGGAAUUGGAUUUGGAAUCAUGAUAUCCAUUUUCUGUUGUAUUGUCGUCGCGCUGGUGGAGCAAAGGAGGUUAAAUGUGGCCAAGGGACAUGGCCUAAUCCACGUCCCUCAUAGCACAAUCCCAAUGAGUAUUUUCUGGCUGAUUCCUCAGUUUCUCCUCUUAGGUGCUGCACAAGGGAUUGUCCUCACUAGUGUUCUAACUGUUAAUGUUGUGGGAAAGAUUAGCGACGAGACAGGGGGUGAAAGCUGGUUCGGGGAGACACUAAACAAAAGCCAACUAGAUAAGUACUAUUACACACUAUUAGCAAUGAGUUGUGCCAAUCUUUUUUUCUAUGCACUUGUUGCUUCUUGGUUUAAUUACAAGGAGGUAAACGUUCCAACAGAAGAACAAGAAGUGGUAGAUGAAGAAAGGUUUCAAUACCAUGAAGAGUAA